CGAGAAGGGCUUCUGCCGUGUAUGGGCCAUGAUUCAUUAGCGGAGGGAAUGCCCACAGCGGGAGACGGGGGACCCCGCAGGCGCGUGGGGCGCAGGGGACGGGGCGCCGUCGGCAGCGGCCGCGGGAGCGCGUGUCCAAGGCGCCGCAGGGAGGCAGCGGGCCGCGCGCCGUGACGGGCGGUGACGCCUUACUGGUUGCCCGGGCGCGGCGCGCAGGGGUUCGGAGACCCGCGGCUCCUUCUUCGACGCUCGUCCAGGAGAGCGAGCGGCUGCGACUGAGCCUUGGGCGGCCGUGGGGCCGAGAACCAUGAGGCCCGGGGGCGGCUGCCCCGCGGCGCUGCUGCUGGCGGUGGGCUGGCUGCUGCUGGCGGGCCUCCCGGCCGCCCGCGGGGCCAACGUCACCGCCCUCCAGGACCCCGGCCGGGCCCGCCCCCUGGACGAGGAGGAGCACUACGGCGAUGGUGGUGGCGAGGCCGAGGCCGAGGCCGAGGAGGAGGCGGAGAACUACCCGGGCGAGUCCGAGCACCCGUCGCAGCCCGAGGGCUACGAGGAGGAGGAGGAGGAAGGUUCAGAAAUGAAAGUAGUGAAAGAAGUAGAAUUUGGGAUGUGCACUGUUACAUGUGGUGUUGGUAUUAGAGAAGUUAUGUUAACAAAUGGAUGCCCUGGAGGUGAAUCUAAGUGCAUUGUACGGGUGGAAGAAUGUCGUGGACCAGUAGACUGUGGCUGGGGUAAACCAAUAUCAGAAAGUCUUGACAGUGUGAAACUGGCCUGUGUUCAUACAGCUCCUGAAAAUCGUUUCAAAUAUAUUUGGAAAAUUCUAAGGCCAGAGCAACAACCCGUUGUACUUGCAAAUGAUUCAGCAAUCCUAGAAGUAAGCAGGCCAAUUCAUCCCUUGGAUUAUGAGUGCGAUACCUUCGAGAAUAAUGAAAUAGUAGCAUCUCUUAGAUUCACAGUCUAUACCUCAAAUGAAUUGCAGAUGAAAAGAUCAAAAGGACCGGACACUGAUGCAGUGCUAGUGUUUGUGCUGACCAUAGGAGUUGUGAUGUGCAUAUUUGUGAUCUUUGUGCUGAUCUUCAUAAUUAUAAACUGGGCGGCAGUAAAGUCUUUCUGGGAGGGAAAAGUCUCAGGGACUGAGGUACGUUCUGAGCAGACUUCAGUGAAAGGCAAAGGGUCAGCUUCUCUUGAACGAUCACCAACAGGAAUACGUGGACGUGAAGAUGAUGCCCUGAGCGAGUGGAAUGAUUAAUGUGUAACAAGCCAAAGGAGAGUAGAGCAUACCAGAUUCAUUAUUAUAAAAAUAAAAUAUAUAGUGAAAUACUUUAAUAAUAUUGCAAGUGAUUUACCACAGUCUGAAGCUAAUACAAUGUGAGCAGGGGCUGUUUUAAUUAGUAGUUCUUUGUGGUAGACUUAUAAAAAACUCUUUUUAAUUUGUUCUCAACAUUUAUCAUUUCAGGUAAUCACUUGGUAACAUUUAUCUAGAGAUAUAAACACACAAAAUCUUCCUAACACAUUUUUUUUUAUCACUUUGAUCACUUCCAAGGUGAUUUGAAUGUUCUGUCCUGAAAAAGAAAAA